UCUGUCUGGAGUGUACCGGGGGAGGUCCACAGUUUACUUUUGGUAUAUUACGAUCGUGUCCUCUAAUUUCCAAGUUUUAAUGUAACUUUUCACCGAGAGUGCCAGCUGAGCGAUGAUUAAUUGCCCCAGGUAUCGUCCACGAAAUUGUUAAGAGGGAUCAAGCGUGAAAAUGAGAAAAAUUUAUGGCCUUUUUUUUUGCGGAGUCGUUUUAAUUAUCUGGAACGGCGAAUUUUUUUUUAUGAAUUAUUUCGAAAAUUUUUUAACGGAGUGUACAGGCUGCCUCUUGGUCAUCAUUGUUAUAAUUCGCAGACGAAUGAAUUUGGGGCUGUUAGUGAUUUGUAGGUAACUUCAUACCUAGUAGUCGAAAUUAUGACGUUUGUGAAAUUGUGAUUUUUCUGUAAUUUUAGUUACUUUUUGAAAAUUAUAUUCAAAUUGAGUGGUCUCGUUAUGAAUCUUGAUUAUAAAAUAUUUGAUAAAUAUUGCACGAGAGGAACAUUAUGUAAAUAACGUCAGGUUAUAUCGUUACGUUGGCAAUCCAUCUAUACUGCAGUAAUCUCAAGUCAAAGCAGCAUCCUUGGUACGGAGAACAAUACUUGAAGAUCUUUCUCGGAAUCAGAAUCGAGGAGUGAAAUUCUUACAUGUCAUACGACGCUACCUGGUGUCCCAUUUGCGAUAAGCAGGUAAGCUCAAAGUGCCGAGACACGAACGAGCUGCUCCAACAUAUUCGCAAAUGUCAUUCAGCGAAGUCCAGAGAUAAUCCAGAAUAUCAGUGCAGCCUCUGUUAUCAUAAAUUGCAUAAAUCAAGAUCAAGAUUAGGUUUAUUAAAGAAUAAGAUCAAUCGAUUAUCCCACCCUGAACUAAUCUCAAGAAAUGCAUCAAUGUCAAUGAGAAAGAAAAAAAUAUUUUCCACCAAAGUCGAGACGUGGAAAUGGCACUCGAGAAGAUUACUAUGUCCAUCGUGCAAUCAGGAAUCUGCUCCGUUAAUUUCCGUAAAGCAGCACAAGUUCACGAGUUCACAUCUGGGCGCCCUGUGUCUCUUAGGGUGCUGGCCGCUGUGCUUUAUGCCGCUAACGACGAGUCGUGAUAAACGGACACGCAUGGUGUGUCCAGUGUGCGGUUACGAUUACGGCGCACGUGUGGGAAGUAAGUGCAGCUUGUUGCAGGGUUGCGGUAAACAAUUGCCAGAAGUAAAUCCAGCUAUGAGAAAAUUUACGGAAAAUAAAUCCACCACGUGUUUCGGGUAUCCCGAGAGGAAAUUGCACUUUGAACAGAUUCCGGUAAACAUGCACAAAUACGACAUUAUGGGAAGUGGAUGCAGAAGUAGAAAUAAUUUUAUUUCAUCCGCACGUAAUCCUCAAUGUCACCAGCAUCAAUUUAUAGACGAACUCCAUUAUGACGUCCGUCAUAGAAUCGUCCGAUAUCCAGUCUAGCAAAAAUUCAGCGACCCACUCGAUGCACCUAUCACCAUUCCCCUUUAAAUUACCACGAUCUAUCAUCUCCAAUAACUCAGCAUCCUCGCCCAAAAGGAUCCAGGAAGUACCACUGAUUAGGAUGCACGGCAAAUGCCCCAAUCCAUUACGUAACGAUGCAUUGCCAAAGGGGAGUAACAAGCCAGACGCUACAUCGUACAGAUAAUACAUCAAUUCUCCAUGGUUAAUCUAAGCGGUCUAUCUUAGGCGUGAGAUAACAAGCAGAUCUGUCCUCCAUGUAUCUGCCAGUAGCACCGACCUGGAGAAACCGAUGACAAUCGAGCUCAGAAUUGGCACAGCCGAAGUCUUCGUCUUCAACGCGAGAAACGACCCGGCAGUUCGAUUCCCGGGAAAAUCCAAUACAGCCCAAGUAUCGUUUCCGGCGACUACAGGCGCCUCUAGCGGCAGAAGUAAAAAUAAAAAUUACAUAAUAAAAAUAUCCCAAGUUAAACUUUGACCCGUCUGCUUCUACACAGCAAAAUGAACCCGUGGGUUAACAUGGCUGCGUUUUACACGGGGUUCGUAUACGUCAGUCGUUAGGAUCUAGCUCGAGGCAUUGUCCGCUCUUAACGAUUACCGGCUAUGCUGGACCAAACACAGCAUCCUUUACCGGUCCAGGUCGUACUGCAAGAUGAGGGUGGGUCGGCACGAAUAAGCACCCUGACUAGGGUACACGC